AUGUUAUGUCCACCAAUGAGUUUGGGCUGUCUGCUUUUGAAAAACGACGAAGCAGGUGGGAAAGAUAGAACUACGCUUCAACUGGUUGCUAAACUACGGGGCGGCUACAAGAACGUACCAAAUCAAUAUAAGUGGCCAUAUCAAUUAUUAAAAACAACAGCUUCAGGGGUGAAAUUAUCGAUAGCGCACAUUUCAGAAAUAUAG